AUGAAAAAAUACUCAGUUCUCGGUAACAAGAAGAAAGUGACCAUGGAGGUCAAUGUUGCCCGGCUGAAAGUGGUCGGGAAUAAUUGUAUAAUUCGCGUACAUAGUAACCAAGGUGAUGUUGAAGUGAUUGGCAAUGAUUGCCGAGUGGAAAUCAAGGAAAAUUAUGGAAAUGUCAAUUUAGUCGGCAGUGGAAGUACAAUCACAAUUGAGAGGCGCUUAAAAGGUGAUAAUGUUUCUAUUGUGGGACCGAAUUGUCAUCUUUUGGUGGACGGAAAAGAGAAGAGACUUUCUAACUAUGAAGCUCAACUAUCUCCUUUCAGUAAGGACCUGGAUGACGUCAUCGAGUCAAUCUUUACAUUCGUGAUGCGAUGA